CUGUGUCUUUACAUUGCUUUACUUUCUGUCAAUGUCAAAUAGUUACAAUUCCGUGUUUUCAGUAGCAAGCUUGUGAAGCGUUUAGUUACCUUCACCUUUCCACGCGUAUCGUUAUGUUGUUUUGAAGAUGGGGCGCACUCUCAUACCUGCACACGCGUGCUGCGUGUUGUAAUGAGCCCGUGUUCUUUACACUCGCACGCUUACAUGAACUGGGCUUUCUUUGCAGCAGACGUCAUUUGAAUGCUUUUUCUAAUACAGUAGGAAAUUGUGUGCUAGAGGAUGGCAAAGACUAAAACAGCUAACCAGAACACUGAAAGAAGUCAAUGUGAAGUGAAGCCCUGCGAUGGGAGCGCACAGUGUAACAGGGAAAUGCAACCUCAGUGACGUGUUUCUGCUCUGCACUAGUCUCCCAGGGAUCUCUGUUUUGCAUCGCUCCGCGAUUUGCAUUUUUCUCUACACCAGCUUUUCCAAGCGACUUUCCAAACAACCAAAAGCAGCUCCAACCUCGCUAAUUCCACCCUGUUGUCGAGAAACACAAAUAUAUGCAGAAUUUGAACUGGAACAAAUAUUUAAUAAUGUGAGUGUUCUAUUAGGAAACUCAAUUGCGUGACAUUCGUACCGACCACAGUGAUCUUUUUACAAAGAAGACAAGACUGCAGCUGGAGAUUGUAGGUUUUUUUCACACGAGCUUUGGUUAAAUAUUAAUUGCUGAUUUGAAAAAAAAAAAAUAUAUAUAUAUAUAUAUAUUAACAUGUCCCAAGUGUUGCCAUACAACGAGGAAAAAAUGACUCGCUAUGGCGAUGACGGCGAGGUUGGACAGCUCUCCUUCACCUGUCGUCACCAGGAUACCAAUAACUUCUUCGCAUCAGGACAAAACAAAAGACCCCCGAAACUCGGGGAGAUUGGACGAAGCAAAAGAGUUGUCAUUGAAGAUGACAGAAUUGAUGAUGUGCUGAAAAAUAUGACAGAAAAGGCACCUCCGGGGGUCUAAAAAGAACCCAAAGACAAUGGCGAAGGAAUGAUUCCAAUGUAUCACCUUUUUGGCAAAAGCACUUUGAAAUCCUUCACGAACGGGCCGUGACGAUCCCCACUGCAAGCGGCUACAGUGUCCAAUUUCAGGCUUGCGAACAGAAAAGUCGAGGCAAGAAGGGAGUUCAUGAGGAAGCUUUUAAUGACGUGAAUUAAAAAGCAUAUUGAUUAUUCAGCCCCAUGUAAAAUAUUUAAUAACAAGGGUAUAUGCUACCAUACACAGAAGCAGUAUUGUGCACUUGUAUCUGGAAUAAACUCGAAGAAUCGAAGCAGCUAAGCACAGUGAAGUAUGUAUCUCAAAUUUAUUCUGUUUCUGUACUUUCUGGCUGUAGUUCUGAAUGAGCACUUUUAUACAAUAUUGCAAAAUGAUUUCGUGCAAAUUUGAUGUAAAACGCUGUUAAGUUUAAUGUCAUAGUUGUAUAUAGAAAACACACACACACACACACACA